AUGGCAACUCAUGGUGAUUUAGCAACUGCUUCUACGACUAGCAAUACAGCUUCAAAUAAUAAUAAUAAUAAUAAUACUUUUGCAUCUGGUGAUGUUGACCUUGAUCAACAAACACAAGAACAGCAAAGUCAAAUCGAAAAAGAGAUUGCAAAUAAUCAACCAUUAAUAAGUGUGAAAAUUUCAACAAGUGAAUUGAAAAAUGAAUAUUUAGCAGAAGAUAAAGUUUAUCAAGAUAAAGUCUCGGAAUUAAUGAAAAAAUACAAAUAUCUUCGACGUACACGUGGCGAUGGUAACUGUUUCUAUCGGGCAUUUGGCUUCGGUUUUCUUGAAGAAAAAUAUAACAAUAAAAAUGACAUUGAAAAAUUUCGCCAACUAAUGUUAGAUUUAAAAAAUAAACUAAUUCAAUUAGGCUACUUAGAUUUUACUGUUGAAGAUGUGAGCGAUGUGGUCAAUGAGUUAAUUGAUAAUGUAUGUAAAGGUGGAGAUGAAGCAAGUUUAAUGGAAAGUUUUUCUUCUCCAGCACAUUCAGAUUACUUCGUUGCUUAUUUACGGUUAUUUACAUCGGCAUAUCUACAAAUGAAUGCAGCAUUUUUCGAAAACUUUAUUGACGAUGGCAAAACAAUAAAACAAUUCUGUAAUACUGAAGUUGAACCAAUGGGUCGUGAAUCAGAUAAUAUUCAUAUAACUGCCUUAGCUAAAGCUGCAGCUGUUCCAUUACGUGUUGUAUAUAUGGAUCGAAAUGAACAUUGUUUAUUGACAACACAUGAUUUCUCAGCUACAGACGAUGAAAAUCGAAGUACAUUCAAACCAAUGAUUACAAUGCUUUAUCGACCUGGUCAUUAUGAUUUACUCUAUGAACAUUGA